CAUUUUCUUCUUCUUUCCCCAGGAUGCUCAGAACAGCCUGUUGGGUCUUGUGGUGUAUUACAAUAUAGCAGAUUAUCAACCUGACUCUCCAGAGGAAAGGGACAUUGUGGACAUCUCUUUGCAAGGGCUGCAUUUGGUUUAUUGACUAAUGCACUGAAUUGUACUGGGUAUCAGGCAAUGGAAGACAACUGGGACAGACAGUGAGGGUGUUCGGGCAGCGUCCAUGCCAGGUGAUCACGGCCCGAGUGCACCCAGGAGAAAGCAAUGCCAGCUGGGUGAUGAAGGGGGCCUUGGAGUUCCUGGUCAGCAGUGACCCUGUGGCUACACUCCUGAGGGAAAACUUCAUUUUCAAGGUCAUCCCCAUGCUCAAUCCUGAUGGUGUCAUCAAUGGCAAUCACAGAUGCUCACUGAAAGGGGAGGAUUUGAACAGACAAUGGCUCUCUCCCAGUGCCCAUCUCCAGCCAACAAUCUACCAUGCCAAAGGACUCCUGUACUACCUGAGCAGUAUUGGCCGAAGUCCCAGGGUCUUCUGUGAUUUUCAUGGCCACUCUCAAAAGAAGAAUGUAUUCCUUUAUGGUUGUAGCAUCAAGGAGACCUUGUGGCAAGCAGAGUCCGCUAUGGGCACAUCUACUGUCUUGGAAGAUGUCGGCUACAGGACUCUUCCCAAAAUCCUUGAUAAGCUAGCUCCAGCAUUCACGAUGAGCAGCUGCAGUUUCCUCGUGGAGAAAUCCCGAGCCUCCACAGCCCGGGUGGUGGUGUGGAGAGAGAUGGGGGUGUCCAGAAGCUACACAAUGGAGAGCAGCUUCUGUGGCUGCAACCAGGGGCCCUAUCAGGGUCUACAGUUUGGAACCAGUGAACUGGAGGAGAUGGGAGCCAUGUUCUGUUUGAGUCUCCUCAUCUUGGAACUCAAAUCUGUAAGCUGUAGUCAUCAGCUCCUGACCUGUGCAGCAACUCUCCUGAAUGCUGAGGAAGAGGCUCUGGACCACCACCUCCAGCGAUCUUCAGCAACCAACAUAGUUACUGGUUCAUGUGGAACUGUUCAUUUGCCAUGAAGACUGUAUUCAUCUUAUUCUCUGAAUUCUUUUGGGAGAGGAUAGCUUGAUGGAUCUGUUUUAUUUGCAAGGUUGUGUUACUGAGAACACAUGUUCGAUCGGAAUUUAAAAGAACAGAAAGGAAAAGGAGAGUAAAGCACAGUAGCAAGGUAAAACUUGGAAGUGAACAAGAAGCAAAGAUAUAGAGGAAGAAGGUACUAUUUUCGCCCACUGGACUGAUUUUGGAGUUUCAGGGAAAGUCAUCGGCCUAGGGCAACCCAGAGUAACCUGUGUUUUCUGGAUGCCUUUGAAGUAAAGAUUGCUUGUGGGCACGUUUAUUCAUGACUAACCUCUGAUGCGGCUUUCUGAAGCAGCACAGAGAAAGCAUGGUCCUGUUGGCAUAUUUCUUGUGCAAACUUGAUGUGACUAUUCUUGCUGAAUCUAAGAAGCCAGAGCGUUCCUCCACAUUGUCUCAUUUCAUUCUCACAGCAUGACUACAGAGAAAACCACAGAAGGGGUGAAGGAUGGGGGGACAUUAUGGAAACACACAACUGAGAGAUGUCUCUGCUGCUUUACCUCCUGCUCCCUUGAAUGUAAAUGGACCAGCGUAAGAACAAAAUGAUGGAUAACUCAGCCAGCCAGAUGCUGCCGUGAGAGCUGAAGAAGCUUUUGCCUCCUGUUCUGCUCUUCCCUCUGCAAAAAUAAAUAACCCGGUCUCCACCUA